CGCCGACUUAGAUCUCAGCCCUGCAACGCACGUUAUAUUGCAGCGUAAACCAACAUUGAUCUCUUUCCCUUUAAUAGAAAACCCUAACUGGCCUCAGACUCGGUCCAACACAAAGCGGGUGAGAGGUAGACGAAGGAGAAGAAGCGAGACGAUGUCGUACGACGACGUGGAGAUCGAGGACAUGGAGUGGAACGAGGAGCUGCAGGCGUACACCUACCCGUGCCCGUGCGGGGACCUCUUCCAGAUCACCAAGGACGACCUCCGCCUCGGAGAAGAGAUCGCUCGCUGCCCUAGCUGCUCCCUCUACAUCACCGUCGUCUACAACCUCGAAGACUUUCUCGGAGACUCAGAUCAGAGAAACAAGAACAAUAUCGACCCGCCCAAGCAACAGCCCCUAGCAGUUGCUUAAGAAAAUAUCAGUUGCGUUAUUUGCGGAGCCUCUUCCUUCUGUUUGAAGCUGCUUCGGGCUUGAAGGUUAAUUUGGCAACGUCAAAUUUAAUUCCAGUGGGGAAUGUAGAUCAAGUGGGAAGGUUAGCCGGCAUUCUAGGGUGUGGGGUUGCUUCUUUGCCGGUGAAGUAUCUUGGUCUUUCUUUGGGGGCUUUCUAUAAGUCCACUCAUAUUUGGGAUUGGGUAAUCGAGAAAAUAGAGCAUCGACUGGCCAAUUGGAAAAGUUCUACAUCUCCAAGGGUGGUAGAGUUACCCUCAUUAAGAGUACCCUCGCCAAUUUACCUUACAUAUUAUUUGUCUCUUUUCCCUAUCCCGGGGAGUGUUGCUGCUCGCAUUGAGAAGCUACAACGAGAUUUUCUUUGGGGUGGGAAUAGUGAAGAGUUCAAAUAUCACUUUGUGAGUUGGUCGAAGGUUUGUACCCCAAUUUCAAAAGGGAGGCUGGGUAUUAGGAACUUGUUGAUGUUCAACCGCGCUUUGCUAGGUAAAUGGUUAUGGCAGUUUGGAAUUAAGAGAAAUGCUUGUGCGAGAGUUGCGGUGGACUCCAAGUUUGGUAGUUUGUGGGGCAGGUGGUGCUCCCUUGAGCCUGUAGGUGCCUUCGGAGUGGGGUUGUGGAAGAACAUCAGGAAAGGGUGAGAGACUUUCUCUGGUUUUGCUAGAUUUCAGGUGGGGGAUGGGGUUAGGACAAAAUUUUGGCAUGAUCUGUGGUGCGGGGAUACAGUUCUGAAGAAAGUUUUUCCUAAUCUAUUUGGUAUUGCUCGGGUGAAGGAUGUCUCAGUUGCGGAUAAUAUGGAGGUUUUGGGAGGUUCUACUCAGUGGAACGUGAGCUUUGUUAGAGAAGUGCAUGAUUGGGAAGUGGGUGUCUUUGCUUCCUUCUUCUAGGUGUUGCACUCAGCCAUGUUGAGUAGAGAUCGUGCAGAUAGGAUUUGGUGGGUCUCUUCCAAGAAAGGAUUGUUCAAGGUUAAGUCCUUCUUCAGCUCUUUGGCUUGCUCUGAAGGCAGACGCUUCCCUUGGAAAAGUGUGUGGCAGACUCAGGCUCUUUCCAGGGCGGCUUUUUUUGCGUGGUCGACAGCCCUAGGCAAGAUCCGUACUGUGGACAAUCUCAGGAAGAGGCAUAUCAUCAUUGUGGAUAGAUAUUGCUUGUGCAAGAGAGAUGGAGAAUUUGUGGACCACCUUCUUCUUCACUGUGAUGUGGCUUCCGCUCUCUGGAAUAACAUUUUUACUCGUUUUGGUAUGUCUUGGGCUAUGCCUAGAAGAGUUAUUGACUUGUUUACUUGUUGGUGGAAGUCUAGUAGGCCAAGGAGUGCUGCGAUUUGGAAGAUGGUGCCAAUCUGCAUGUUUUGACGUGUUUGGAAGGAAAGAAAUCUUAGGUGUUUUGAGAAUUUGGAGAGUUCUAUGGAGGAUAUUUUAGCUUUGUUUUUUCAUACGCUGUAUCUUUGAACAGUGAUUUUUUUGUCCCCACUAUCGAUUAGCUUUGCUAAUUUCUUUGUUCAUUUUUCUAUUCCUAGUUAGGUGUUUCAUUUUGUAUA